AUGAGUAGCGAUACCCGCCAAACUACCGGAGGUAGCGCCAAAUCAAAACGGCGAUUAACCGAUGCGGUCGACGAUGAGAACAGGCAGGUCCCUGCGUCCGACGAUGCUACCUCGAAUUCUAAACGACAGCGCGUCUCUCGAGCCUGCGACAGCUGCAGGUCUAAAAAGGACAAGUGCGACGGGGCCCAACCGAUCUGUUCGACUUGCGCUUCUCUCUCGCGACCCUGCACCUACAGAGCCAAUCCAAAGAAACGUGGUCUCCCGACCGGGUACAUUCGCACGCUAGAGCUGCUAUGGGGGCUUGUGUUCACAAAAAUACAAGGUAGCGAGGAGGUCGUUCGGACUCUGUUGAGGGCGGCCAAUAUUCCCAGUCAUUUGGCUACCAUGGGAAAGGAGGCAGAAGGCUCUGACACCUUGCUCUCCUCGUUCAAAAACAGCAUUGUCUUGAAGGAAAUCGAGCGCCUCUUGACGUUUCUUGAGCAGCCGGAUGAAGAUCAAGAAAGGGCUGCGAGGGGAGAGAUAGAGUCCCCGGCAGAUGCCGAAGGAAGCAGUGUGAUUUCGACGGAGACACUCGAGUGGAAUCUUCCGGAUUCUCUUGCGGACGUUGGGCCGUCUCCAGUGAGAGCGCCCUUGAGCUCAUCUACGAUCAGGCCAAGUACAACUCGUGUCUCCAGAGACUCUGGUACCCAGACGACACCAAGCGACCAAUUCGACGGCCUCGCCACUAAUGGCGCGUCCAUUCACAAUCGGCCCGGUAUCUCUCCGUACUCGAUCCAAGAACACUACCAACAGCUUCCUUCUAACCCCUGGCCGCUACUCGAUAUAUACUUCUCGUAUACCCAAUGUUGGUUUCCAAUACUGGAAAAGCAUGACAUACUCCGAACAGCUUUCCGCCAUGCUGACGAUCAGAACAACUCUCCGACAUCAGCCCACGGAGAUCAUGCGGCGUUGUGGGCAGUUCUAGCACUUGCGUCCAUACAGCAAGCAUCAAUAUCUGCCACACGUCAGAUUCCAGACUUUCCUGAGGACAGGCUGGACCCUAGUCAGCUAUAUUCGAAAGCUAGAAGUCUCAUACCAACGGAAAAUGGGGCUUUUGAAAUUGGUCAUGUUCAGGCACUCCUGAUAUUGUCAUUGAUCAAACUCGGCCAGCAGGACUGGGCGGCAGCUUGGGUUCUUGUGGGCCAAGCCGUUAGAACUGCUCAAAUCCUAGGCUUGGAUAAUCCUCCUAGCACAGCCAUUGAAGAUAACAAGGCCGCGGGACGGUCCAAGCAUGUCUUUCUAGGGUGUUUUCUACUAGAGACGCUAAUUGCUGCCCAAACAGGCCAGGUGCCUUCGCUGCGCAAGAGUGACUUGACAAAGAUUGGUUUGAUUAAUGAAGAUGGCCUCGAAGAAUGGCAGCCCUGGGAGGACCAGACCGGUCUUCGGCCGGUAGAAUCAUCGCGGAGCUCGUUUCACCGCGGGCCUCUCCACGCACUGAGCACGUUCAACCGGCUGCUAUCCUUGAUGUCUAUUUUGAACGACCUGUGCUGCUCGGGGCAAACAUCGGCAAACUCGCUAUCAUAUACAGAGGCGCUUGAACGGCAAUUACAGCAUUGGGUCUCGGCGCUUCCGAGAAGCUAUCGGAUUGACUUGCAAACAAACCUCAGCAAGCCAGCAUCACCACACAUAUUCGGGCUUGAAAUGAUGUACGAGGCCGUCGCAGCCACCAUAAGUGUGCAGCUAGCAGUACAGAAAAACGAUAGAAACGGGGUGACACGUGCUUCAGAUGGUUCUAAGCGGCUUAUAUCAUUACUCCAGGCCUACAUGGAGACAUAUAGCAUUUCCGCAACGUGCCCAACGUUUGGAAUGGCCUUGACUUUAGGCCUUCCACAUGCAGGCAUGAGGAAAAGUGUGCCUUGGGUCUUUGAGGCUGACCCAGGGGUCAAACAUAAAUUACAGUCAUUCUCUGCCCAUCUCGCAACGGUAUGGGUCCAUGACAGCCGUCUUUCUCAAGCAAGAUCCGACUCAGCGACGCGGCAGGGCAACUCUUAUUCAAGCCCCGCAGCCCAGAACACCCCCGGCAACAACGCACGUGUAACCAACUUGAUUGGUGAAUCUCGUACUGUGAACCUUUCAACUCCUGAAUCAUUCCUCUCGCCAACUUGGAUGCGAGCAUCGGCUGCCGAUGAAAACGCGGUGUUGUCUCUACCGACACCGACCUCGUCUUUGAGUAUACCUCCUGGACUCGACGCUCCAAAUCCAACCCCUCCCCACAUUCCGCAACAACAUCGGUCUUCAGUCUCUGGGAGACCCAAUGGAGCGACGAUGUUAUCCGAUCUAACGACACCAUUUCCUCCCGCGGCGCCUCAGUAUCAGCAAACAUAUAAUGACCCUGGCUUGAAUUUCAAUUCGCUGGUCGAUAUAGAGGGCGCAGGGCCUCUACGCCGGCCAAGGGUUGCUCCUGAUCUCGAUGCCUUGUUUGACGAGUUGGCUUCACUGGAUGGCACAGACAGGUGA